GUCGUUAGUGUUCCCCGAUCGUAGUUGUCAAGUGUGUUAUUAAAUUUUUCGAUUGAUUUUUGAUAUUGACCCGAUACUCUUAAGCGGAAUAGAAUCGAUAAUGCUAUCCUUAACAACGAAAAUAAUUGUGUCCGACGAGGUUCGUCGUAAAAUUUAAUGCAAUGCUGAGUGAACUAUCGAUAUUCCGAAAAUAUUAAGCAACAUGCUCCAUGUCUAAUUGGACACAACACACAAUCACGAUCGCAAGUAUUAAUCGUCUGUAGUAACAAAAUGUUUCCGCCAAUUCCACCGCUUAUCAAUGUUGAUAUGAUUUAUCAAUAUCAACCGAAUCCGUACGUGGGUUUAUUCAAUCCGGCUCCAGCGAUAAUUCAACAGAUUCCGCAACAGAACCCCUUCCUCAGUCAACUAAUCCAUACACAGCAACAAAUCAUCAACAGUCAAAUCCUUCAAAAUGUAUCAAUGUUCGCCCAGCAACAUCAACAUCAACAACAACAUCACCAGCAGCACGAACAGCAGCUACAGAUAUUAGCAUCACAAUCCUCAUUGCCCACAUCUAGCACAACCGAAAUCAACGACAACGAUCUCACAUCGUUUCAGCAGCAGGACACGAAUUUCGGUGACAAAAUCAAAUUUGCCACCUGGAAUGUUCGUGGCGCCGUGGAAAUGGACAAACGGAAUGCCAUCGAUAGAUGUCUGAGUGAGAAAAUGGUUCAAAUUGCAUGCAUCCAAGAGACCAAAUUACAAAUGAACCAGCUGGAGACGGCCAACUAUCGGUGGAAUUUAAUAAAUCGAAAAAACGACCACAGCAUUCACUGUGGCACAGCGAUACUAGUCAAACACAGCUUCAGAGGGGCCGUGACCAAUUUUGAAGCGGUUACCGGGAACAUUUUCUCGUGCUUUGUACGUUCCAAAGAUGCGACCAUUUUAGUGAUAUCGGCCCAUUUGACGGACGAGCUCGGCACGGAAGUGGAAUUCGAAAGACUGAAGAAUUUUCUUAAAUUGUACGAAUCACUGCCGGUAAUUAUUUUCGGCGAUUUCAAUGCUCAGCUGGGCAAAUUGGAUCUGGCGAGCUCGGAUCAAGUUUUCAUGGGACGAUUUCUGUACCACGACAAGUGCAACUAUAACGGCCGGCUGUUGAAAGAUCUCGCCGCGGAAGCAAAAUUAUUUAUCAAAAACACGUUCCGAUCGAACAAGGUCUACAAAUGGAAAAUGAUAUUGACGACGUGUCGACUGAAGGAUAAAACCAGUACAACUAAAGCGGUUGAAGCUCAAACGGAUCAUAUUCUGACCAGUCGAGAUGGCAUUGUGUUUGUGCGAAUGUUACGCGGCUACUAUCGCAAUAACAUUAAGACAGAUCACAAAAUGAUUGUGGCUGAUAUUGAAAUAAGGAAUAGAGAAAGUGGUGCGAACGAGAACGUAAUUGAUUUGUCGUUGGACGAUGAUGUUCCUGGUAAUUCUCACGAUGUGGAUAAGCGGUACGGUGACGAUAGGAUGAAUCAGGAUUCUACGCGUGAUAAUCAGUACACACGAAAAGAGCUCCUGUUACGCGAAAAGUUGGGCCGAUGUGGCGAAGGUCUAACCAAUGAUCAGUCCAACACCAAACCAAACACAGUGAGCCAGAACCACGUUGAAAACGACAACUUAAAAGUGAUCAAAUCCAACAAAAUGCAAAUCUCUCCCGGUGAGCCGGUUCCGCCCGGUUUCGAAGAUUUGGUGAAACCGGUGGCCGAACUGCAGGUGAUACUCAGCAAAUAUCGUACAUCGCCGAUGCUCGGAUUGGAAUACGUGAUUGAAUUGAUUAUGGGCGAUAGGCGGCCACGCACCUACCAUUGUGCAUUGUGCGAUUUAAUUUGUGAUACCAAAGAUAUUAUCGAUCACAUCAAGAGCUAUGAACAUCGAUGCAAAUACCUGGAAAAACAUUUCUCAACGGUCAUGGUGUCUCUGUCUCAAUACCGACACCAUAAAAGUGCAAAGAAUGUCCUGGCUGGUGUUGUUGAAGCUGUAUGCGAUUCUAUAGAAGAUGCAUACGGUCGCAUGGUGCCUAGUGUCUUCGAAAACAACGAUUAUACGACCAACAGAGCCAUGUAUAUGAAACGAUUGGCUGGUGAGCGUCAUUUCGACGAAAAAUCUGGUUCGACUUUUGUUGGUGUAGUUGAUCACAAAGCCAUCCAAAGUGCAUUCGAAAAACUUGCUGAGACUACGAAAAAUAAAGCAAUGAACGUGGUGGCCAAACGGCCUCGUGUUGACACGACAAGAGGAAAACGCAGUAGCUUCGAUUCGAUUUCUAGCAGUGAUAGUGUGACUGCGUCAUUCAAGCGUAAGAUCAGCAGUUCAACGAAAGCAGUCGAUUCGAUUGAGGUCGAGCAAAUCAAUCUCGAUUUGAUAAGUAGUGACAGUGACGAUGAUUCCAGUGCAAGGAGAAGAAAAAAUUCGAGUUCCCGCCGAUCGUCCAGUUAUGUAAGAGAUGAUGAAACGGAAGACCACAAAUACGAACGAUACCGAGCUAUGACAGAAAAGGCCGUCAGAAAUGCAACGAAUUUAUUGCAAGAAUACGAAAAGUAUCCCGAAAAGCAUCCAAUGUAUCCCAGCGAAUGGAAACGGUAUUGGACAAGACGUAGCAAGGAACUUGAAGCAGCUGGCAGAGAUCCAUCGAAAUUCGACUUCUCACCGGAAUGGUCAAAAUAUUGGCUCCGUCGACUGAGGGAAUUGUACGAAGACGAAAUUGCUCUGAAGAAAUUCGAAAUUCGUAAGAAACUCAACCUGUCUGCGGAUUACUAUCCACGGUCGUCAUCCUACAGCUACAACGAUCCGGCGGCACCGUCAUCAUCAUCGUCGUACCGUUAUGACAAAGAGGAAACUAGGAUGCAAACGCAGUACUCAACGGAAACGGUUAGUGAAGACAACGCUGAUGAUGAACCAUUGACGGUUAUAUCGGUGUUGCGACUAUUGGCCGCUCUGGAGGAUCAGUUAGGGUCCACAUUGGGAAAGAAAGUGCUGGACUUGCUUUCAAAGGCUGUACAUUUGGAGAAAUUGAAAGCGAAUUUGGCUGACGACGUAUUGAUGAAUGAGGAGAACAGUGUGCUUCUGGAUACGGUGAAGGAAAAGCUGAAGGGUUUGAUCAUAGCGAAAAUCGUCAACAAUCAGCAAAUCAACGCUGUUCGCCGAGCAAUACGAAAUGUCGAGUCCAUCGUUGCGAUAAUCGACAAGAAAAUAUCGGUGACUAAAGUUAAGGACGAACCUACUCCCAGCGACAAGAAAGAGGUGAGCAACGACAGAUCAUGGACGGAGCAUCCGAAACCUUCACCAACGGAAAGUGAACGGAGACACGAAAGUCUUUUCGAAGUUAGUAAACAAAUUGCGACUGCGUUCCUCAUUCAAAAAAUGAAAAUUUCUAAGGAGCGUCUGGAGGAACUCACCGCAAACUAUGCCAGUCAAUCGAGAGAUUCGUCGGAAACACCAUAUCUGUAUGGUGUGCGUAUGAGCCAAAGCGAAUUCGAUUAUUCGGCAAGAACAGAACCGUCGCAUUCCUCAUCGCACUCUCAAUCAUCGUCUCACUCGCAGCCAUUGUCUCACGCACCUGCACCACAACAGCCUCAUAGUAAACCACAAAGUUUAAUGGAGGGCGGAACGGGUUUUGCGUUCAAUUUGUUCAACAGAAGUAUGAGAAAUGCCAACAAAAUGGACAAUUCGACCGUCAAUGCAUCGAGUGGCAGAAACUUUUCGAAUCGAUCCAACAACGCAGGCGACACAUAUCCACAGCACCAUGCGUCAAUGAACAUCGGGAAUUCCAAUCAAUGCAACCAAAAUUUCCGAUCUUCAGAGCCGUUCAACCAACAAAACUUCAAUCAGCCUCAACAAAACAACACUAAUCACCAGCAUCAGCGUUUCCAGCAGCAAAACGCGUCAACAAAUUCUCAUCAACAGCCACAAAGUUCAUCGAACAAAAACAACAAUUUCCACCAAGCCAACCGAAGGAAGCCAAAUCACAUGUCGAUAUGGGAGUCCGACGAAAUGAUGACAACAAAUCAGUCGCAAGGAUUCGACCAAAAGACCAACAAUUCCAUUUGGGAAACGAAUCCGAUGCAAAGCCAGAAUCAGCAACAAUUCAACCAGGGAUCAUCCUAUCAACCGAACCCGAAGCAACAACAGCAAUCUCAUUACAAUAAUUUUUAUCAGCAGAAUCAGCAGCCGAUCUGGGAUAAUCAAUUUUCACAACAGCAAAACAACCGGAAUAGCCGACGCCAUUAGCUUAAUCAUACUUGCAUAGGUCACUUGAUUAUUUUCUGUACAAAAGCCGCGCGUGAAUUUUACUGAAUUAUAUUGAUAAUGAUAUAGAGUUGGAUUACA